AUGUUUCGCAGUGCCUUUCGGCCCCUUUCUUUUCUGCACUGCACUAGAAGCGCUUUUACUGCCCGAUAUUUUCAUCGCGUCACGACAGAUUUCGUUACCCAUGAUGCGAGUGGAAAUCUGGUUACCAGCAAGGUGCCUAUUAUUAUUGGCAACCCGGGAGAAACUUAUGUUUUGAUUGAGCAAGGGGUUGGCAGUGCACUACGCGCUGCCAGUCCAUAUUUAUCAGCCUCUGCAGCUAGUGCUGAGGAAAGGUGUAAACUUACAUUUUUCCAUGACUCGCAAUACUUUGGGUUUGGACCAUCGAGUUAUCCCCGCCUCUAUGUCCCAAGCCAAAUGCCCCGCCAAACAGAGUCAGAUUCAAGUUCUGCAACUUUGUUUCUGGGUGGAAAGAUGCACGAGAUAGCUCUAGAUGGAACACCUGAUGGUACCAGCCACAAAUCCUUCACAUCUCACGCAUACUGA